AACAAAGGGUGAAAAUUACGAACACAACGACAACAAAAACAAGCGUCCCGGCCGGGUCUGAGCUAAUUCAGGGAGCUGAGUGAAAUGAAACUUCAUUGUUGUCCCGCUAGAACUGCUUUAACGACUAUCAACAAAAAUGGGUUCCCUUCAGCUCAGUGUUUUCCCAACUCCAGGCACUCCCUAACACCAAACCAAGUGGUGAAGAGUUCAUGUCAAAAUUGCUUCGCAGAAGGUGGACAUUGCUCAGUCCUGAUACCAAUAUUCAUCAAAUUACAGUUUCUUCAAAACAAGGGCAAAAAGGAGGGGGAUUGUUUAGCAAUUUUUCUUUCUUAAACAAUAAUCAGCCUCAUCUUGGCAACAUGAUGCUUUAUGAAAAUCAAGGCUUAUAUUUCUAUAUUGUAAGGGAUGAUUUAUUGCACCCCUUUGUCAAUGGCAAUAAAGCAAGAAAACUGGACGGACUGCUUCCUCUCAUUGAAGAUCAUGGUGUGACUGAUGUGGUUACAUGUGGUGGUUGUCAAAGCGCGCAUGCAGCAGCUGUUGCUGUUUCUUGUGCAGAGAGAGGACUGAAGUCACACUUGCUUCUACGAGGAGAGCAGCCACAAAUUCUGACUGGCUAUAACUUGAUUUCAACAAUAUAUGGAAAUAUAACAUAUGUUCCAAGAACUUUUUAUGCCCACAGGGAAGAAAUGCUACAGACACAUGCUAGUAUGGUUGCAGGCCAUACAGGUAGCGUCGUAUAUUGCAGUGAUAUUAUUGAUUCUUCUCUAGCGUCCCAGACAUUUGAGUGUUCAAAGUUUGUGCAAAGGGAUGCUCCUAGAGGCACCGAAAACCACUCAAGGAAGGUUGCGAUAGUCAAUGAAGGUGCUAAAGAUGCUGUUGCAUUACUAGGUAUGUUUCGGCUGGUUGACUACUUAUCUCGGGACCAUUUACUUGGGAAAAAAAGGGCUUUCAAUUUUGUUGUGGAUUCUGGUACUGGAACAACUGCUGUUGGUUUAGGCCUUGCUGCCAUGUAUCUAGGGCUUCCAUGGAAGAUUACAGCAGUAAUGUUGGCUGACACAAUGGACACUUACAGACAACAAGAGAGACGAUUAAUUGCUGAAUUCAAGAGGCAAUUUCGUUUUCUUCUUGAUAGUCACAAACUAAAUGGAGGUAAUGAUGGAAUUGUGCACUGGGUUGACCGUUGCCAUCCAAGAAAAUUUGGCAAUGUUUUGGAAGGAGAAAUAGAAGCUUGCCAACAAGUUGCACAGCAAACUGGUAUUCCAUUGGAUCCUGUAUAUACUUUAGCAGCUUGGGAAAUGGCCACAAGAAUUACCUGUGCACAUGAAGAUGAUUCCAAUGUGGUGAUACUUCACACUGGUGGGACACUGGGCAUGUUCGGAUUAGCACAGAGGUACAAAUCAUACUUUGGUAUGCUGAACACUGCAAUAAAGAGUUGAUUUUGUGUUCUAAUUCGUAAGAGCUUCAUGUUAAUCUUGGCGGGGAGGUAGAAUACGAGAAACAGGGUAAGAGAGAAACGAACAGGGUCCUACUAUUUGGUGUUAAAGAGUUAAUUUUUGUAAAUCUUUCUGCGAAAUUUGGUAUUCAAACUGGAGUCAUAUCUGUGUGUACGUUUAAUGUGUGGUUUCAGAACACUGACAGAACAUGAGGUGAAUACCAUUAACUCGGCACAUGAUGAUCUUAAAUUUUGGGUUUGAAUGGCAGUACUUCAAUGCUAUGGAAUCCUCAAACUUGUAGGGUUUAUUUUUCA